AUGGCGACUGCCGCCACAAGUGCGAAAACAAGGCAGCGAAAACACUCCUUCUCGUCGUCAAUCUCGCUGCUAAAUCGAACCAGAUCGAUGACGGACCAGACUCUACUUGGAGUGUUAAAUAUACUCCGCAUGGACGAAGGACAAGGUCAGAGUUUUAUGGUGAAGGCCAUUCUUCCCGAUGGAAAACCGAGAUUGGUAAGGCUGAAAGACUUCAUCGCGUAGACUAAGCAAUAUUUUAGCAAGCAAUUUUUGAUUGUUGUGUUUUAUUUUCAAAAUUGUGCCACAGUUAUUAUUUGUGCGUGUAAGUCUCUUUGGUCUUUCCUAUUGCCGCAUUUUUCGAAUGUGAUGGAAUUUUUUUGGCGUUUAAUUGAGCAGUUGGGUACAGCGUUGGAAUACUGUGGUAGAAUUUCAUACUGCGGCAUGUUGAUUCCAAAAUGUCUGUCGUCAAAUCCGCAAUAUUUUCGGCGUUGUUAUCAGCUGUUUUAUGCGGAAAAUAAACCUUGCACACCCAUGAGUCGAAUAAGUUUAAUAAUCUUGUGGUUUCACGCGGAAAUGUUUUGUUAAACAUGCACCAUUGCGACCGUUGCAUAUCGGUAUUAACCAAGAGGAUGUUAUGUUUUGUUUGACAGAGUGACUGUGUUGAGUGGCUUCACACUGCGAUUUAUCGUUUUUGAGUUGAGCAAACAAAAAACGAGAAGCGAGAUUUGCAGACAUUGGUGUAAAACUCUUCAGAAUAUUUUUUGAAAGUGUUUUGAAAUAACAAACCAACCCGAUCAUCGGAAUUAAUGUGCGUGAUUCGAAAAUCGGCUCAAUGUGUUUAAUUUGACCUCGGUCAAUUCGUCAUUUCCUUUCCUUCAAUGGCUUGUUACGGUCUAGAUCAUAAGAUGUCAUUUCUGAAUUAAGUCUCGAGACCUUUUCAUAGCGAUCGAGGUCCUUGUUACAUAAAUGCACACCUGUUAUGUAAAGUUUUGAAUGAAGUUCUACUAAGAGCUCGACGAUUCUUUCCUUAAUCGACGCCGUCAUCGAGGAAUGUCCUAGUAAUUAAUUCUGGGUGGUAAACCCACUUUUAAAAUACUUAACAAAUUCGAUCUCGCUUUAAAUUUGCGGUUUCUGGUAUUCUUUUGGUCAAUUUCUUGACACGUCAAACUUCAAAACCAGAACAAUCGUUGUGUCGGAAUCUGCAUAACAUGUGAAUGAAGGUUAGAAUUCUCUUUACAGAAAAAUUUUACAAUUUGCCACAACCCUUUCUUUUUUUUUUUUUUUUUUUUUUUUUCAGGGUUGGUCUUGAGAUAUUUACAUACAAUAUUCUGUAGUCUAAUAUAUUAUCAAUAAGAGGGUUAAGCUUGAAUAUAAUUGCUCUUUUAUUGAACCUGGAACCAUUAAAUUGGCUUAAAUUGUGUAUUUAAAUUUAGGAUAUUGAGCAGAACAUGAGCAAUCACCAUUUUGAACUUAGAGUAUGAAGGAAUGCAUAGUUGUAUAGUAUUCUAGAUAACCAUUUCAUUUUGGUUUUCAGAUAGGCUUCCUUGGUUGUAGUAAUAACAGAUAGCUCAAUAUCUUUAUUUAGAGUUAAAUUGCUUGAAAAAGCCUGAAAUGCUAUUAUAAAAUUAAUCAAAACUAUAACAGAAUUCUUGAACACGAUUGGUUAUAACCAGCCUGAUUUGAGCAUCUAUAGGACAGUGUAUGUGUCAUGCAUGUAAUUGGACAGUGUAACAGGACAGUUGAUAGGUCAUGCCUGUGUGAGUGGACAGUGUAACAGGACAGUUGACAGGUCAUGCCUGUGUGAGUGGACAGUGUGCAUCAAGUGUGCAUGCUGUAUAUGCCCAUUUUUCCUUGUAACUUUUUUAUGAAAACUUAUGACUGAUGUCUAGUUUCUUUCUCAAAUUUUGUCAUAGUUCAUAUUAUUUGGUAACACAACAUCCUGUCAUCCAAUUCUGUCUAUACUAAUACUUGAUAUUAACAAAUCAGACUCCCGCUUUGCGGUCAUCCAAUUACAGACCAAAUUGGACUCCGCUCAGUCCCAUCACCAUUGUUAAUAUAAUUUACCAUUUAAAAGUACCCUUCAGAUAAGAAUGAUAACAAAUGAAAAUAUCCCUGGCCUCUCUUCUCUUUAUAGUUUUUGAAUGUUUUUGCAAUUGCAUAGUAGUUUUUUUGAGACCAUUUUUAACUCAUUUCUUGAAAGUUGGUGUUAACCUCUGAGUAAAACUUGACUAGAGAAAUGCUUUGUGUGUCACUAUAUGAAGGGGUUUAUUAUUUUAAGUGUCUAAUCCAGGGUUUUAAUCAAAAAAAAAUUUAAAAAACCAUCAUGACUAGAAAUUUUGAGAUGAUCAUAAUUCAAAGAUAAUUCUGUAUGCAUGACAGUAAUAGAAUCUAAAAAUAUUUAAAACUAACAUUUAUAUUUUAAAGAGAUGCUUCUGCGCAACUCUUGCUGUCUCAAGUUUACCCUUUUGACCCCUACCAGGGACUAGCAUCUGAUGGAAAUUUUUCUCUUCAGUUUCACUCUUGAAUAUUACGAUCACAAGAAUGAAGGAAAUGAUCAAUAACUGAAGAAGAUCUUGAAUUUUGAAAUUCUCUUUGUUAACACCCUAGGAAAUGUAUCGAGAACUGUAUGGAGAAUAUACAUACUGAUGUUAGAGUCCAAAGGGUUACUGAGUUGUUUCUGUUUGUUUUGCUUUUUUUUAUCUUGAAAUAGUCUAAGUUGAUAUGCACAUGCAUGUGCAAAUGUAGCCCAUGCAAGGUUAUGAUGUAGCUGACAAAAAUUAAUGUACCCAGAGUAGAGAACUACAAGCUACUUGCCGCUUUUUCAAACCUAAAAGUUCUUUGUUUCACACAUCAAUGUAAUACAAAGGAAACUUGUAGCACUGAAUAACAAAGGCACAUGAGUCACGCGUGCUAAAACAUUGUACAUACAUGUAUGACUACCCUGUGUCUGAGUGUUAAUGAAAUUCAUCUGUGCAGUUAACGUAUCCACACAUGCCACUGUAAGAUCAGGGAGCUGGAGCAUCAAAUGGUUAAUUAAAGAUGCUGGUCAAAAUUAAUGCAGCUGUGGCAAAUGAGUGAUUUUUUUUUCAUCUCUCACAGAUAGGUCUUGUAUUUCCACACCAAUUCAUUUACACGUAUUAUUUUCAUUUUCCAUGUAUCAUUUCAACACCUUUUUUUUUUGCCCUUUAUAUAUCAUAUUUCAUGUCUCUUUUAGCUGUGUCUUUUUUUUGUGUCUAUUUAAACUUUUUUCAUAUGAGUGUUUCUUGUCUUGUAUUUUCCCUCAGUGUAUGGUAAGUUUUUUGUCUCAGGGUAUCUUUGCAUUUAUUUUUCUCAUCUUGUUAGUAAAUUUUUGUGAAAGUCGUUUUUCUGUUCCUUAGGAAUGUACUUCUUCACAUGCAUAUUUAAAAGUAGUGAAAUUUAAUGCUGAGAAAAUGUGUUUGAGUGAUGUAGGCCCUUGCCCCUUUUAUUAGGGAGGCCACUAAGUGACAAAUGUAGGUGUAGUUUCAGUCAAAAGAACUGGUCAUUUACCACAGACAAAAUAUUUACUGAACACAGUAUGAAUAGAAAUAAAGGCAAGCUGAUAACCAGACAAUACUCACCAAGCUUGAGGAGAAGGAUAAUUUCCACUCUAAUUUAAUACAUUCUUCAGGUACAUGUAGUCACUCUAUGCUUAGAAAACUUGGAUGCAUUUAGGUGCAGUGGGCAAUUUGUUUUGGAUACAGAUUUUACUUUUGCUUUUUUCUCUUUUCUACAAAUUGAAGCAAUACUAGUUCUUUUUUUUUCAGUUUUAAGUUUUGGAUUAUGGAAGUUAAAGUUAUAGCAUAAAGACAAGUUAAUAUGAAUACAAUUUUUAUAAUUUUUAUAAUUUAUGAAGUAUUUGCAACAAAUUUUGUUGCAUUAUGCAAGGCUAUUGAUUUUGCACUAUUCUUGCAUAAAUACCCAAAACAAGGGAAGAAGAGGCUUUUUCAAAAGUGUUUACCCUUUCUGAAUAGCCACCCUCCCCUAAAAAAAAUAAACAUAUCAAAACUGGAUGGUUUAUAGAUCCAAAGUAUUUGAGUAAAGGCACUGAAAAAAAAGUCAAUUUAGUGGUGUUGGCCAUUUUUACACGCAUGCAAAACAUAAUGUGGUGAUGUUUUCUGUAUUUUGUUUCCACAUUUAGUUGAGUGCAGAGCGUAACAUGACAGUGAGGGAUCUUGUUGCUGGAAUCUGUCAGGAAUACAAUUUAACCAACUACCAAGUGCGCACUUUACCAGAAAAGACUCUUCUGAAUCUUGAAGCAAGUGCUACAUCUGUAGAGAAUGCGGAGAUAGCCAUUGAGGAUGUGGACAAGAUGCUGUCAAAUUUUCAGCUUGACAAUCUUCAUACAAGUGAGUUUUUGUGGAUAUACUGCACUAAUUGUUACAAAGGGUUUGAUACAAGGUAGUUGUUUGAAGUAGAAUAGUGCACAUUUGGAUUGUUGGUUAGUCUGGACAACUUUGCAUGAAGUGUUCCUGGCUAGGAACAUCUUGUACAAUUGUGGUUCUACUGUGCACCUCCUUUGCCACUCAAAAACAGGGUUGACCUGCCAAACCACCAGGUAGCCUUCAGCCAUUUUUUUUUCCCACUUCAUUCUAGCUUAAGACCACAUGGAAAAUUGUAGAAAAAUAGCGUAAUUGAAUGCAUGAUUUUACUGCACCACUAACUAGUUAUUAAUUUUUUGAAUGCAUUUCAUGUUCAGAAUUUUCUUGAAGGUUCAUGUGAACUUUGUUUAAUACUUGGGACAUUUUAACUGAAUUGUUUCUUAGUCUUGCAUAUAAUCUGACAAAAAAAACUUAGUGCCACUGAUAAGAGGGUUGCCUACUUUUUCUUAUUUGCCAUUUAGUUUCAACCUAAUUGUUAUUUUUGCCAUAUAUUCUUUGAACCCCAGGGCAGCAUUGUUCAAAACUGGGUUAAGAUCACCCAGGGUUUGUGUGAAGUCUGAUUUCAAAUCUGUAGCUCUAAAAGAAGAUGCAGUGUAAUUCCAUUUUUCUUCAAUUUGAAGAUUGAAUGCUUUAAAAACUAUUGGGAAAAUUAUCCCAAAAUGGCUGUUGAACAAAGAAAUGUAGAAACCUGGAUUCAAAUUUAACCCUGGGUUAGCAAUAAUUGGCCUUUGAACAACUGGCCCAUGAUGGGCAGUCUAAAUUUGGUUACUUUUCUAAGGGGGUUCAGUUUGAGCUCCAGCCUGGGUGUAAUGCUGUGUUCUUGAUUAAAACACUUUACCUAUCCUCGACAUUACAAACCAACUUAUGUUUAUUUUGACUGUAAAUAUGUGAAAAUCAUAUAUGUUAAAUAUUUUGUUGAUUGUCUUGCCAUUCCAGUUAAAGAUGAUAGACUUCGCUGUGUGAAAGAGCUAGUUUAUGCAGAAGAAGUUUACAAUGACUGCUUGAAGAGCCUGUUUGAACUGUAUGCUGAACCAUUAAAGUAAGAAUUCUUAAUGCUUCUGAUAGUAAUGGAUCUGUUUGAAGCACCAUCAUUAUUUUGGUCUAAAUGGUGGGUGGAAAAACUUCGAAGUCAACAAGUUCCAUUCCUUACACUUACGUAUCACAACAGAACAUGAAAUAUUACAAUUGUGACAACAGUUUUGCCUUAAAACAUAUUCCUUCUUUUGAAUGAUCCUCUUUUGGAUGGAUAAAAGUGCAAAAGACAUUUUCAAAAUUUGGUUUCCUGAGCAGUAGUUCACAUGUGGAACACUGACAAGACUUAAGUUAAUGCUAACUGUUGACCGGUAAUACAAUUCUGGUUGCUAAAAACCAAUUUUUAGUUGCAUUGGUAACCAGCUGGUUGCAAUUUUGGACCUUGCUUUUGUCAUGGUGCAACUUUGCGGAGGAUGGUUUCAUCAUGGGCCGAAAGCAAAUUUUCUGUGAAGGGUAAAUGGGGAAUGAUCUUUUUACAUACAUUUCCUCUCAAAGUGGUAAAUCUUCUGAGAACAUCAAAUUUCUAACACAAAAGAUUCUGCUAACUGAGACACUUUAUGAAACUUACUAAUUAAAUGCUUUUUGUCUUUCAUUUACAAUUUUCAUCUGGAUCUGACAUUUGUUUUCCACAAUUUUGUCUUGCGCAGAAGUAAACUUUCAAGGGCUGAACAUCAUACAUUGUUUGCCCAUGUAGAGCCAAUAUGUACCUUGAGUUCUUCUCUUUAUGUUAAAGUAAGUUUUUUUUUUCUUUAUUGAUUCCUUAAUAAGGUUUCUAUUCAGACUUUAUUAGCUAUACAGAUUAAAAGGGAUGAUUGGUUUGAUAAUGCAUGUGCACAGGAGGAAUUUUCUUCUGAAGGGAGGGGGGGUUGGUGUGUCCAACAGUGGGCCCCUCCUUGUAUGUGGGGCAUGCCAGAUUGUCAGGUUGUGAUGCCACAAUACAGAGUGGGUAACAUUACCCUAAGAACACCCAACCUUAGCCAGGCCUCUGUGCUAUUGUAUCAGUGUAGAUAGAAAAAUGUAGGUGCACAAAAAUGUUAUGAGCAAUAAGUCAUUAGGAAAUACAGUGUAGGCCAAAUUAUACAGGAAUAUGCAAUAGGAAUUUCUUACAGUGCAAGGUGAAUUUUUGGUACCUUUUUAUUGUUUUAUUUUUAGGUGGAAGAAGCUGCUAAUAAUUGGAAUUCAGCCUCUACUGCAAUAGGUAAACAAAUAAAACUGUAUAUAUUAUCAACCCCUUUUUUUUAAUUCAAUCAGUUGUGUAGUUAAAUCUUUUAUUUGAUGGGGAACCUUUUCCAGCACAAGCUGCAAUUACUUCCUCUCACAGUGUCAUCUUCCAAACUGAGGAUGAAAUGCAAUAAAGAAACUUUUUAUCUUGAGUCUACUACCUGGAUGUAAUACUAAAUUCUCCCAAAAAAUUUACAUGGAAACAUAUCACAGCUGGAAGGGUGAAUAAACAAUCAGAUCUUGGGAACUUGUGACCAUUUAUGGCAUAUUCUUGAUCAUUCUUCAGAUGCACUCAUGGUUGCGUUUACCAACUUGUAAUUCUAUUUUUGUUUAGGUGCCAUUUAUGCAGAGUUUCCUUUGUUCAGGGAGAUGUACGAAGAUUACUACUUGGCAUUCAAGUUUGCAAGAAAGUAAGCGUUGAGCUUUUCUGUGUGGAUUCUUGAGUGUGUGUGUGUGUUUGUGCCAACUUGGUUCCUAAGGCCUCUCUCGGUCCUAAGUCUCGUGUUUGGUCACUUGCUUUGGCUCGGUUUUUAUUCAUGUAACGUGUCACGUGCUUCAGCUCUCACGUGCCUUAUCUCUCGUUUACUUCGUUGUUCACGUUCUUUCUCGAUCGCUUGCUUCGGCUCUCACGUGCACGGCUUUUUACAUAACUCGGUCUCGUGCGUUGUGGUUAGUAUGUAACAGUUUCCUUUUACAGUAAGGUUAACUUUCUUGGAAUGAGUUUCCGAAGAAGCUAAUAUGCUCACUAAAGCGUACGUAAAGAUUUCUCGUCAUCUUAGCAACCUAAUGGACUGGUGAGUUAAUACUUGCAGAUAUUUUCACACCCAUCAGGUUACUUGAGAAGUUUUUAAAGUUAUUUAUUUGUUUAUUUCAUUGAGAAGUUAGAGAUGCCCUUUAUUUGCCCUUUGAACUUAGGAAGCUGGUUUUGAUAAUUUGUAUCUUUAAACGGUGUCAUCGCAACUGCUGAGUUUUAGCAGUUUCAUGCUAAAAUGCAAUCUGUCUCACCGACUAACUGGCAGAUCGCAUUAAGGCUUGCGAGUCGUCUCUUGAGCUAAGACUUUGCGAUGAUUUUCGUCGCGAGACUCUAUCGGAAAGGCUGCUGAGGGUCAGGUGAUGAGUGAGUACGACACUUGUGCGCCACAGCAAAAUCAUGUUUAAACCGGAUACGAUUAGCUGCGUUGAAAUAAUUAUCUUGUCUAAUAAGCUUUGCUGUAAUCAUAGAUUGAGGAAGCUCUUGAAUAUGUGGUAAGAGGGGUGGUCAAAGGGCGUCGUGCAUUCUGUGUCGGGGGAAUAUAAGAAAGAAAAUAAAAGGUUUCUUUUACUGUAGGAUACGGUGAGAUGAUUGGUUAGGAUGACUGAGGCAGAGAUGUAGGAGAGGACGGGGUGUGGGUUGGGCCGGUGAGGUCUUUCUUAAGAGGGGUAGGGGGGCGUUGUUAGUCUGUUGUGUCUGGAUGGCUGUUAGCUAGGUUGAGGGAUUUUUCGGCCACAGUUGUUAAGAGGAAUGACGUCUCAAAGCGGCACCUUUUGUCAUCAUGAGCAUAAUAUGUACUUGUGUUGUGUCGUGCAACCAAGACAUGCCAAACAAUAUCGAAGUGGUACAAACUGUUUUUCAAUUGACGCUACGAUUUGGUUGUUUGUCUUACAAAUUAGUCUGUACAUUUGUACUUACGUUCUUUUCCUAGCCGAUGAUUGAUUCAUAGCUUAAAAAACCCAAGGAGGAAACACGGUUUUAAAAGUGUUAUUAUUAUUAUUGUUAGUACUAAUGUCUUGUUAUUGUCAUUAUCUUUGUUAUGUUAUUUUUCUGAUUUCUUUUUUAUUCACCCUCUUUUUUUGCACGUGCCUUUCUAAGGACUUUAUUCUUUUGUGUCACGAAAUCUCUGUAAUCUCAGUCACGUUUCACACGUGAUUGAAAGUCGGUUUGAGCAGCCAGAGGGAGCUUGUCUUUGUUGGGUUGGCAGCAGUGCAAUGCUUUCCAAAUGGACUUUGAAACAUGCACAAAGCAGUUACUUAAUAUUCCUUUAAGCUUCAGGGCAAUUAUUGAGAAAAGAUUGUGGGCUGUUGAAAAAUAUUGUAAGACCUUUAGCAGAUCGAUUUUUCUCUUGCUAUUUCAGCCUGAUGAGACAGAAGAGAGAAAAUGACAGCGAAUUUAUGACAUUUGUGCAUAACCAGAGGGGAUCACACAGGCCUCAGCUGGAUUCGUUAUUGUUAAAGCCAGUGGGUAUUUCUUUUUUUUGACCAUGUUGAGGCAAUUUAUUCAUUAAUGCAUUGUGUUAGUCUCGGUGCCACUUUUUAUGGCGGUGUUUUUAUUUAAAUGGACUGGUGCGAUAUCUGAGUCGAUUUAUUACCACAUACGCGCACCUAGAGUGAGUUUGUAAUGCGAAGCGAUGUCUUCUGUGUGCUGGAGUUAAAAGGAGAGUCAUACAGAUAUACCUUGCGGUUUUGAGAACGGCCUCCAUAAGAUGGGUGAGUCACUAGUUAGAAUCCAACUGAUUCUCCUCCAAGAAAGGUAAAGGGUCAGUGAUUAGACAUUAUCACGAGUUACUUUCUUCUUAAAAGCGAGAGAACUUUGACUGUUCUACUUUCACCUUUAAUAAUUUCAUCGUGAAUCACGCCAUGAUUUAGUUGAAUGAACAGACUGGUACAGUUGCUUGAAUCGUUACAAAAUUUACAAUUUUAUAACAUGCAAGAAACCUCUUGCUGAGGUUCCGUACAAAAAAAAUGGAAACGUUAAAAAAAAAAAAAAGCUACACACUGAAAUUGGCGAGAUUUCCAAGAGGAUUAGAUGAUGACAAUCUUGAUUCUUGUCAGAUCGCCACUGUAUAUAUUUCAGCACUGUAGAAGUUGAUGAUACCUUCAACAACCUAACAGAAAAUAUAAAACUUUGCUAAAAUAAAGUUUCUUCUCCAGCGUAACUUGCACAAUUCUAGGCGGACGAAUUUGAUCCUUGAGGUAUAUGGUUUCAUUGAAUUCCUCUGUGGUUUUUGGUCUGAAGUUUUGAGAGCCACUGCCUACAAUCCAGUUGAAAAUAUCGCCUGCCAAGUACACCAAUGAAUUCACUUUUCUAGAAUCAGUACUUGGCGUUAUUGUAACUUAACAAACAUUAGAUUGAUCUGUCUUGGUGAGGAGAAAAGCUGAUUAACUUGAAAUUGAAAAACAUUCAAGAACAGAUAACAUCCAUUCGUUGGUAUUUUAAUCUCGGUAGACCUUUGUGAUCUUUAUCGGUUUUCAUAUUAAUCGGUGUCUAUGUGUUUGUUUAUUUUCUGAUUUUCUGAUACUAUCUGCCAAAAUGCAGUUUUUAUAUCUUAUUUGAUCAACAAAUUGUGCUUAUAUUUCUGGGGUAAUUCGGAGGAAUCAAUUUAUGUCGAUGGACGGGCGCCAGAGGCAACCACAGGUGUAUCCACAAUGCUAUGGAAAUUUUUACUCCUCCUUCCUAAAAUUUCGUUUUACUCGUUGUGGUAUCAAUUGAAUAUGACUAAGACCAUUAGAUUUCCUUCGAGUAAAACGUUUCUUUGGAUGUAUUUCUUGUCGACUCAUUGUGGUCUUGACAUACCAUUGUUGUUUCUACAACAUUCAAUCAUAGAAUUGUUUUUCAGUCGUGGUCAUUUACAAACGCUCAUCAAUCUUCUCCUUAAAUGGUUAUUUUUUUUUUAAAGCGAUAUCUCAUAAUCGAGUGUGCCCAAGGCUUGUCUAAUUUGUUUUCUCAGCCUUGUGAUCACCAUGAGAUAAAAAAAAUUAGUUUCGAGUUUUUAGAACUUUCAUCACUUGCCUACGUUUUAUAAUUGAAAACAUCUGAACUUUUUUUUCAGUGACAGAAAGAGCGCAAUGGUUUCGCAGUGAAAUAACAAACUGCAGCCAAUGUGUCGCGUAGACAAAAGUUAUUGAAAAGCAGUCAUUGUUUAAAUGUGCUCAUUUUAAUUUCUAGAACCGACCUUUCUGACCUUCUUGCAGUGUUCUACUCAGCUGGCGACAUAAAGUGUUGAAGCGCUCUGAUCAAACGGCGAUUAGAUCUGCACGGGAUAACAUUAUCAUCGUUUAAUAUUUGUUGCUUUCGCGUGUUUGCAGUUCGUUAGAUGAACGUUCCUGUGUUUCUUAACGUGGUUUGUUACACGAACAGUGAGGAUUCUUUUUUGUGCAUUAAAACGAGGGCAAUUUGAUUAAUUACUUGCGGCCUAAAGAAACAUACAAAACUCGGGCCUUUUGAAGUGCAGGGUAAUUAUUACAGGUCUAUUUUUAAAAUAAAUAAUAUUGAAUUAUAUUGCAUUGUUUCAAUCCGAACGAAUUUUUAUUCAAAUACUUGCGCGUUGUUCCGCGCAAGUAUUUGAAUAAAAAUUCGUCACAUUCUCUUCCAAAUUUAGAGCGGUACCAUUUUAAGUAGAAAAAAAUUCAGUUGCCCAUUUAGGUUACAUUACUUUGAAGAAUUGUCUUUAAUGUAAUUAAACCUUGGAAGAAUUGCAUCCUCGUGGAAACAAUUCCCUAAGAGGUAAAAAUUAACCAAGUAGAAAGAAGAAAAGCUAAGGAAGCCGAGGAUUAACACAAAUUGAAAAUGACCAACUUGAAAAGUUUUACGCCAAAUAGCUUUAGAUGUUCAAAGUCUCGCACAGUCAAGAAACAUAGCUCGGAAGACUACUCCGUCAAGCUGAACUAAUAUUAACCCUCAACUGUUUUUUUAUUCGGGGACAACUACUAUAAACGAACCGAUAGUGUGGCCGUAGGUACCAAAAUGGGACCCAGCCACGACAAUCUUUUUGUAGGUUACACUGAAGACCAAUUUUUCAAUCGGUACAACGGCCUUAAUCUUGAGCUCUAUAUGGUCGCUACUUUGACCACUGUAUCGGCGCUACUUCUUCUGCCAGAGAGGGAUUCAUUCAAUAUAUACACGCUGUCAAUUCCUGUCACUCACCUCCACAACAUUCCAGGGAAGUUUCUGACUCCUCUGACUUUUUUAUCAAUGUUUUUCCCGAAAGCAAAGGUCCAUGCACCAGUGUGUACUACAGUCUCUGAUAGUUUUUUGUAGGCGGUAUUCAUCUUCACUUCCAUCACAGGACAAGAAUUCCAUUCUCUUUUCUCAUUUUCCUAUACUUCAUCGUUUGUGUGGUGACGACACUGACUUUUUAAAAAAAACGAGAGGCUUUGUCAAAGCAGGCCAUCACCUCGAUCAACAAAUUGGUCGACAAUUACGUCACAGCAGGAAAAGGACGUUCGAACAUUCCAUUGACCCUCGCAUUUCAACCAAUUACGCAGUGAAAUCCAUCUUUCUAAAAAUUCUCAUACCUAUUUCAAAUCGAUCUGGAAACUGUUAUUUAAGAAUUUGUUCCUGCUUAGCGUGCGUAUAUCGAGUUAUGGAUGCACGUGGGAAGUUUGGAGAGCACGAAAAGUGCGUAAGAGUAACUCGAGGCGCAGCCGAGAGCAACUCUAGCUUUUUGAGUGCACUCCAAACUUCCCAAUUGCAUCCAUAACUCGAUAUACGCACACCUAAAAGCAUGAGCAAAUUCUUUUAUAACAGAGCGACAACUAGGAUCUGCGCGAAGAAGCCUUUUAUUGUGAUAGUGUUUUGGUUUUGGUCAAUUCCCAAUUAUCGACUGUGUACUUUAUUCCCCAGGUUGAACAAAUUUAAGAACAACAAUUAAAACGGAAAUUUUACCGUUAAAUGUUGUUAAUGACCAAUUGGUGACUUUUGUUCCCAGUGAAUGUCUUUCGGCCAAAAUUUGCUGCAGCUGAUCUUCCGACAAAUUUGCGAAACGUGCAACUUGCGAGUUUUUUUCGCCUUUAUUUUUGUUGCUUGUUGGAUCAGGACCUAAAAGGUCAAUGCCGAUGGAAAAAUUGGGCAAUUCUACGCUGGUUUCUUGCUCACGUCAUCUUAUUAGCGUGCGUAAAUAAAGAUUUUUUUUAUAGCGGCUCAAUAGGACUUAUAUAGGUCAAGCACGCGCGCUAUGUUAUAAAACCUCUUUGCAACUCCCACUAAUUUCCUUCGAACGCGACAAAAACACUGGCAGCUUUUGGUCAACAGUGUAUUCCAAACAGAUGAUCAAUCCAGAACUUUCAAAUGCCAUCGCGCACGAUGAAAAAAUUGUCCUGUCAUUCACAAAGUUGAGAAAAUGUAGGGACCGAAGUGAUCCAUUAAGAUCAGUGAUUAUUUUGCAACUUGAUCUUAUUGCAAAAAAGUUGCAUAACGAGAGCGAAAGCGAAAAUGAUAUAGGAAGACGACUAGGUGACCGAUUCCGAGAACGCCUUCGUCACUUUUAGCAAAACGGCAAAAACGUGUGACAUUUCACGCGGAGAUUUUGACUUCCUCCUUGUCUCGUGAUGUUCUUGUUUCGUCUUAACUUUUUGUAACGUGACAAAUAGAAAAGAAUAAUCGAAAAGACAUAGAAAAUAUUUGUAAACAUGGGCUGAAAGUAACUGAUUUGUUCUGUUGGGUAUUGUAAUAAAGUUGAUGAGUUCACUUGAAAGUUUGUGCUUUCGCACACCAAAGAGAUAGUUGUUAAUUUUUUUUCUCCAACUUGACCCAGUUCCGAUUUCAGGUCCUAAGUAUAGCUCCGUAAUUUGAAUUUCAUCAUCUUCUUUCCUUUGCCCCUUUUUUCCUAACCACAAGUCAAAUGUUAGAAAGGAUGUUUUAACGACUCACGAUCCUUAAAUUUUUUCUAAAAUUAGGAAAACUGAAAAAAAACUUGGAUUACAAAUGUUUUCAACACAACGUUUUGUUUUGUUUAAUUGAAGUCAGUUCUUUGAUAUUCAUUGCUCUGGGACAAGGUUAUCAACAGGGAAUUGUCUGUGUUCCUAAAAACGUUUUGAGAAAGUGCUGAAUGUUGCAUUUCUUUAAUGCCUAGUUUAAAGAAACCACGAACUGAUGACAGAUGUUGGUGCGUGGAUUCUUUAACGCAUAGUUUAAAGAAACCACGAACUGAUGACAGAUGUUGGUGCGUGGAUUCUUUAACGCAUAGUUUAAAGAAACCACGAACUGAUGACAGAUGUUGGUGCGUGGACUCCUUACUUAAUAAAUUCAAAUCAAGAUUCACCCGUUCACAAUUCAUUCUCAAUUCAAAGUGAGGAGGGUGAAAUAUCAUGGGUCGUCUGGGGAGAAAAUUAAGAUCGUUUAUGAGGGGUUUUUUUGGUUAUUUUAACAAGGCCGGACACAGCGUCUUUGUAGAUAAAGUCGUAUUUGGUUUGAGAGAAGAGGUUGUUGAGGUAUUUGUUGUAUUGGUCCUUUUUCCGAAACAUUUGAAAUUCGUUUUUUAGCGAAAGUAAUAAUCAUGACUUGUAUGGGGGGAGAGCACUGUUUAAGUGUUCGCAAAAAGACACUUUUUGAGCGGUAAGUGCGAAUCGAAUAAUUGGGAAUAUCUCUGUCUGAAUCGUAUGACUAAGGGGAAAUUUUGAGCGAAAAACUGAUGAUUUAGAAAAUGAUGUUUCGCCAUCUUGUUACAGCAUGGAACAAAGAAAAAUGUCUUAGUUCUCAAGAGGAAUCGAACCUCAGACCGUCCGAUUAACACAGAGACUCUACUAGUUCAUGUGUGACACGCGUCAUGCAUAAAGUUUGCGAAAGUGAAACGACCGCACACUAUCGCAAUAUCCUUAAGCAUUUGAGUGUCUGCAGUUUUUCAAAUUAUAAGUACAGUCGAACUUGUAUUAAGCAGCUUAAUUUUGGUUUUAUUAACUGAGUUGAUAAUGUAACUAGGCCACCGUGAAUAGUUUCGAAGUUGUAUUAAGCAGCUCUGUAUUAAGCGGUCAGUUUUCAAAGUCUCGAAUUGUUCUCCCCUUGAUCGCUAUAAUUUCCAACUCUAUUAAGCGGUCACCUCUAUUUAACGGUCGUUGGUAGCCUUGUAAAUCUGUAGCAAAACAAAACAACAUAGUGGCUUCGCCUCCACAAGGAGGCAGUUAGCCACAAAAACUGAAAAGAUAGUUUUGUUUUGGUUAAAAUAAAGCUAAUUAACGGAUUUUUAAAGUUCAUGUCAAGUUAACUAACAUUACGCAGACAAUUUCAACUCCUUGUUCUUUGGUCUUCGUUUUUUCAACGAAGAAAAACCGUGACUGCCUUGAUCUUUACUUUCUCUUUGGAGUAUUUCUACUUUUCUUUGCGGGUGGUCGAAAUGUGUGUGUGCCGUAAUUGAGAGUGUUUGUGUUUUAUACCCAAUUUAAAAGCGAAAAGGUGACAUCUGAGUGAACGUCGACGAAAAUGAAAUAUGAUCCGAGUUACAAGAGUCACACACGUCCGAUUUCACUGUGUCACAAGCCUGUUGCAUCGAGUGUCUGACAAAGACUCCCGUGUUCCUGCCGUCCUGUAUGUCUCCUCAGCGGAGAAGGCGGUUGAGCAAGUUUGGAAAUAGGAUUCGGAAGAGUUUUCGGGCAGCAAAACGAUGGAAAAGUUCACUUAGGCUAGGUCGAAGAAGCUCAACAUUUCGGGUAAGAAAAUUAAUUGGCCAAUAUUUUGAUUGGAGUUACGCACUUACGAUGAAUUGUUUUGUGUGUUUACGGCCGGUAUUGACGCUUUCGCCACAUAGUUCUGUAGAGUAUGGCACUCAGUAUUGCAAUUUGAAUCGACGGCUUUAGGGUUAGAUUAGAUUCCUUGAUUCAAAAAAGCCAACCCGUGAGAAAUGUUGUCGUUGGUCUGAAAAGCCGACAUCCUUGAGAGUUACAUUGCUGUCAUGAAUUCUUAAACUUUAGAUCUGGAUCAGUCGACCUCGGCUUUUUUUUUCCGCAAAGAAUUUCGCUGGUUCUAUUUUAGGAACUUUGGGUUAUGUGCUCAUUCAAAAAUGCCGACACUUCCGUUCCAGGAAAUAUCUGGAAUAACAAUUCUGCUCCGUUGUUCUCCUGCAAUCUUGUCCCUUGCAAAUGGAAUGUUUUGGUCGUAAUGCAGACAAACAAUAAUCGUCGGUCUUUGAACAUGUAUGUCGCAGUAUUCGAAAUUCGUUUGGUUUUGUGAUAGGAGCUUGUUUACACAGGAUAUAGAGGAGCACCUUGUAACAAGACUCCAAACAUUCAAACAGGCAUGCUCAAUUGAAUUUUUCUUAUCAUGAUUAUAUUCAGACAAUGCUGAUUAAAUUCUAUGGUUGUUGAUUAUAUGUUCUUCUGUGGCUUAUAGUUUAUGAUUGAAAAUUUUGUUCUAAACACCAGUUUUAACUUCACAAAAGCGAUUUUGUACAUCGUUUGUCUUUGAACUUAACAGAGUUGCUACAUGUACCUCAAUGGAAGCUCUCUUGAAAUGACUGAAAGCGAAGUGGGUAAUUGUUACACUUAAUGAUGUCUAAAACUGCAAAUUCAAUGUUAAAAAAAAUCACGGAGAUACCUGGUUGAACGCUGAAUUAGAGAAGAUUGUUAUAAUUUAGCCGAAUUUGAGUUCUUGCAUGGAAAUGCAUCGGGUUUGGUCGCUGUAAUGUUGGAAUGAGAAGCUCCUUCUCGUGCAGCGUGCAUACUGAGUUUUCAAGAUAAUUGGAUCCACUUGAAUAUGCCGGAAUCUACAUGAGUUCUUCUUGAGUUGUUUGGUUAAGCGUUUUCAAAGAGAUGUAGAAACGGGAUGAAAGGUCAAAAACAUUUCUUUGGAAGCUUUAAUGUUGUAUUUUAAAGAGAAGUAUGUGUGUUUUCGGUGUGAUUGAACUGAAAUGGUCGACGACAAACCUCACCAACAUCGCUUCACAAACUGAACUUAGAAAUCGAUUGUUCAGAGUUCACAUGUUGGUGUUAAGCUUGUCCUUCAGUAAAAUGAGGAGAAUUGUGAGGGAGAGAAAAACGUGGAGAGGUUUUUUUGAAAAUAGAUAGAUCUCCGACAGAGUAAUCUCUCAACGUGUUAUGGCUUGAAUCAUGUGAAGUUUUUGCCGACGUUUUUCUCUCCUCUCCUACAUAGUUUUUGAAACCGCUUGUUAAAUUGACGAAUGGCUCCGGUUACGAAAAUUCAACUCGGCAAACAAGUUGUUAAAAUUUCCCUUUUACAGUUAAAGAGCAAUGUUCAGUUGAACAUCGUAAGCCAUAUGGGAUCGCAUAAGUUUUGGUUCCACGACACUCAGUUGAAAUGCAAGCUAAACACCAGCUAUGUGCAGUAGUGCAUCACCAAAUUGUGCUCCACAUAGAUACCUGGCUCCAGGGAGAAUCAUUUACGACCAGUAUCUUCCAAUACCAUUCAAAUGGAACCACAAAAUUCUGAAAGCGCCAGAUCAUUAGCGGUGAUAAACGCAGAAAUAAUUCAGUGGGCAAUUGGUAGAAGUUGCAAUAGGUACCGUUCAUUAGAACGAGAAGCUGCAGUGUUAAGAUGCAACUUAAGCAAUAGAAUUUUGUGGAAUAUAGCUGUGCAUUGUCUUGAAUGGGGAUUGUAUCAUUGAAUGCCUUUUGCUUUUGAUUGCAGGUUCAACAUCUCUUGGAGUGCGAGAGAAUUUUGUCCAACUUGCUGGAAAAGACGUCUGAAACUCACCGUGAUUACGCAGAACUGGCAAAAGUAGUUUCAAAAUUUAAACAGGUUUGUCCGUUUGGAUUCCGUUUAGUUGAUUACGAAUCUUACACUGUGAGUAAUACCUAGUACCAUCUGACGUCACCGUGACGUCACGCGUGUUAAUGAUUCAUGAUGAAAUAACUCUAGCGCAGUUGCUUUCGAUCAUUAAAACUUGAGUGUCGAAUGAAAUCCCGGGCUACAUUAGUUUAACCAAAUUCCUUUGUGUGAAUUGCCUUGAAAAACCUUUUUCUUUUCCAACAAUUCAGAUCCAAACCGGAAACCAUUUGCGAACCAAUGGCAAACCAAUUGCGAAUUGGUCUCCUACAUUUUACCUCGUUCCAGGAUCUUCGUGUUUUGUUUUUGUUUUUUUUUACUUUGAGUUCCCAUAGGCUCUUUGUGAUAUUCUUGUCUUGUGUGAUUACUUGGGAUCUUGUUUCUCGACUUUCAGUCGAAAAGCGCUUUCUAAAAUAUCAGAUUUGUUAAUGGUUUUAUCCUUUCAGAUGGUGAAAGACCGAGAAGAGGAAGUUAUCGAAGCCGAGAAUGAGGUAUGAGGAACUUAUCAUUUGAAAUGUUUGUUUCUUAGGCUGUUGACAGCCAUUAUUUCUGACAACUUUUGGUAAGAAUUCGUGCUUCAUGUUAAGAUAAAGAACUUACUUUUAUGAGUGGCUUGUACAUUCUGUUUAGGUUCGUUGAUGUCAUCUGUCCUUGCAUGGGUCAGAUAGCUUCUUAAAAUGUAUAUUGCUUGAAAGUUCUCUCGCUUAUGUGUUGCACGCCCAUUGUCGCAUUAGGGCAGCACAUAUUAUGUAUUCGCGCAACAUGGAUCGUUAAUUUUUGUUUGUUUAUUUUGUUGUUGUUAUUGUUCUUGAGCUGUCUUUGAUGCCCUGAUUUGUGAGUUUCUUAUUGAAACUGUUUUGAGAUUCUCCACUCAUAUUUCGAAGACACGACAUUAAUUUUUGGCCCAUUGUGUUCGGAAUCUAUUGCUUCGUCCUCGGUUAAAAAAAGAUCAGUUUCAAGCCUCAAAACAUUGAAACUAUAAGUAGUUUUGAUUGGAAUACACUAGGUGCUUAUUACACUUAGUGCUUAUUGUCGCUGAAACCAGAUGAACACGCUUGUGUUUAAACGCUUACCAAUUUACCUCUCCACCACCCCCACGGUUUUGUCCCCCAUUCAGUCUUAAUCGGUGGAGAUGUUGAUGUUUAGUGUUACUUCAUUGAAAACAAUUUAAGAAUAGUUCUUUUAGAAGCGCGUAUUCAUUUCUGAGAAGAAUGAUUAUAUGAAGGGGUAUAACAAUAUAUAACGUACGUCGAUCCGAAGUUAUUUUUGUUCAAAUCUGGAUCGGCAUGACUUUGAAACUCUCUUAGGAAUAUAUUAAAUUCACAUGAAAAAUGAGUACCUCAGCAGUGUUUAGAUAGUACUUAAAGUAAAUUACCCUAAGGCUAUUGGCUAUCGAUUGAGAACAUAAUUUUUAUGUGAUUUUUUACAGACGUAGCUGCUAAGUUGUUAGGUCUGUAGGUUGGAAAAGCUUGAGGCGUCAAAACUGAAAACUGGAAAUGCAGUCCUCAAUUCUAACUUGCACACAGACCCAAAAAGAAUCCGACCUAAAAUUUUCAGCUGACCUGCCAUCUAUGCCAUUUUUCAAAUCUGCCAAGCCGCUCAAUUUCUCUUUGAAAAAAUCCGCUGCUCGUGACCUUUUAAUGGCCAAACCAAUCAACUGCACCUUAUCAAUAUGCAUCCGUUAGAUUUAAGCAGGAAGUAAGCAACAUCUGCUUUCGAAGAUUGUGUUUACCUUAAAUAUGGGACUGGAACGAGCUGUUUUUGGAGUGUUUUUUCCCUUAAUACUUUUGGGAGACGAAAAGUUAUCAGCCAUUAAAGUUACGCAGAGAUGUACAUGUGUGUACUUUUUAAGGGUUUCCCUUGAGGAGUUCUCCUGAAUUCGUAAUAUGUUACUUUCUAUUACGUAACAAUUCACUUACAAAGUAUGUGCAGGAUGUUAGGCAAUUGCUGAAGGAAAGAUUGUUUGAGUUUCCUGGCGAAAAUGAACUUAAAUUUAUCGGCUUCUUGAUAACAUCUAUUUAUUUUCCAAUCUGACAGCAUGAAGUCAUAUUGCAUGUUGCAGUCCUUAUAGAAAAAAGGAAAUAGUAUUUCCUCAGUUAUCUCAGAUAGAUGACCUUUUUUUCCCAAUCAAAACGUUCUCAGUUUAACCUGAACCAAGUUGUACUUAUAUACUUACACCAGAUGUUUUGUUUGCUUAUAUUUCGUCUAUUUUUCACCAUUCGCGUUCCUAUAGAGGAUUUCUGUUAUAAUUUGAACGAUAAAUUUCAAGUAUCACCCAGGCAACGCGAGAUGAGCUUCCGGGCCUAAAAGGUUUCUUAAAACACGUUUUCUUAUCGCCUAACACUACAAGCGAACAAACAAAAACUGGAAAAAAAUUCAAUACACGUAAGUGACAAGAUCUUAUUUCGUUAACUGUCCCGUAAGAAACCUUGAAGCAGAGCGAUCAAUGCUUAAGAUAAGCCGUGAAAUUCAUUAUGUAAGUGUCCUUCGGGAUAAAGUUUUUGGAACCUCUUAUUUUAUGUUCAAGUAAAUUGCAUCUUUACUUUGCUGGUAAAAUUGUAGGUCAAAUUUAUAAAUCAGAUGAGGGCACCUUUAGGAAGGUAGCGAAUGGAAUUUCGAGUUCCUUCCUGGUGUAAGCAUCAGUAAGCGACCUCAGCUUAGAUUUUUACCUAAAUUUUUUUGAAUCCCAGUGGACAAGUUGCAGAGAAGACCAAAUACCAGGAAAAGACGUUCAAACAAUGCGUUACGAUUCAGUAAGGGAUAAUUCAGAAAGUGUGAGACCGCUGUCUAUUUUUACUCGUUAGUCUUGCAUCACUUUGAUACCAAAACUUCAUUUGAGAUGGUAGAUGUUACAGAAAUUCUCCUGCAUUGAACGACAUCCUUGUGUCGAUCCUAACAAAGGUUUUGUUUGUCAAGGAGAUGUUUGUUCGGUUGUUCGUGCGUUUGAGGUGUCUGUGGUUAUUCCUGUUUACUUGCGUGCAUGUGUUCAUGCUAAUCCAAUUUUAGUAUAUAGUUGACCUAUCGACCUAACAAAUCCUAUUGAAACACAUAGACUGUCAAGAAUAUUUUAGAAUUCCUCUUCUGUAAUUUCGAGAAUAUUGACGUUGUCGAAUGUUGAUGUAGUUACUUCGCUGGUUUGAAGAGGAAAAGUGAAUAAUAACGAGACAGGCUUGGUAGAUGUAGGGAGCAAGAGAAACGAGGAAAAAAUUGUAUGCGGUGUGCGGUGCACUGGGGUGGAUCUUCCACUGCUGGCAAGCUGUUUUUUGUUGUUGUUUUUGUUGCUAAUCUUGAUAUCUGAUCCAAAUCUCCUUCUUAGUCCCAUUAAAGUCUUUGUCGUUCCAAAAUUAGCCAUAGCUAUCGUAGACGCAGUUUCCCAUCUUUCGUUUCACAGCAAGCUCACACAGACAAUUCUGAGAGUCGUAAGCUUGUUGCCAUGUUGGUAGGCCGAUUUUUAUUCAGUCUCAUAAAGAAUCUGUUUUAAUCCUUCCACUUAAGGUCGUCUAUUCCCCUAAUAAGCUACGUUUCUAGGGAUGUGUUUUGUCGCUGUUUCAUAGUCAUAGUCAGUUACAUUUUUCUUUUGGAUUCAGUCAAUUGCCAUGACGGAUCGUUUGUGUCUGAAAGUGAUUUUCGUGCCAAUAUUCGUGCGUUCUUGCCACUUUUUGUAACCCUUAAGUGUUUUAACGAGCCUGGGUUUGAGUCAGAAAUUACUAUUCUUCAACCGACUUGGAGUGGUACAAGGGAACACAAUAUAUCACCCUCCUCUGAAAAAUAAUGCACAUGUUUUUCGGAUUGUUUUUCGUGUUGUCGUUGUAUUCAUCAUAUAAAUUAAGAUUUGGAACGUUGUUUUUGUUUGUCUAUAAAAGACUAUCAAGGAAAUUCACUCCUGUAUAUAUUUUCUGGCUUCUGAAGUUUAUCUCUUCUCCUCAGCUUUGUUAUUUGUUUUUAACAAGCGCAUCCAUUGCUGUGCGGUUUUCUUGGAUCCAGCUGAAGUGCUGUUAACAUUUCCUCGCGAAAGUCGGUCUAAUAUAGGGCUCUUGGAGAUAGUGCCUGCUUUACAGAAUUUCCUGCAGCGGGUAAUUCUACCUUAUCAACUUCUGAUAGAUACUAGGUAAUAGACUAAUUGUUACACAUGCCCAUCGUAAUACAGCUGCUUCUCAUAAGAAAAAGGAAUGGUGAGCAUUUUGCGAUAUGGAAUGUACGAUGUCUUCUGUGCAGAAAAAUGCGACCGCAGACAGACCGCGGAAGUGGAAGAAACGAUCACGUUCAAAGUCUUGACCCUUCCUCUUCUUAUCAUGUUAUCUUGAAAUUGUCUUCAUUUUAAUCACUUUUUAGCUUAUCCUCUACUGUUGUUAAUAAUCGAGAUUUUCCAUUUCCGUUGACGUCACUUUUGAUUGAUUCAAAAUCGGGAUAUUUUUUCUUUUUAUUAUGGAUCUGUUAAUGUCAUAAGCUAAAAGCUUGGCACAAGCAGAUUCGAGAAUUUCAUUGCUAUUAAUUUCAUUAUUUUUUAUCGUCAGUGUCAUAGCGCUAAUGCCACGUGCGUAACGUUAGUGAAAUCCGUAAUCUUUUUUAUCAAAAUCUUGUUGUUAAGUCUGCCCAAUACUGAUCUUGAAUUUGUUUCAACGUGUUCUAAUCGUCAGACUAAUUUCGUACCCUCUCUGUCUAUUGUUGUUUCUUCACCGAGGAAAGUUCAAUUUUUAAGAUUAUUAGAGGUAUAGGGGAAUUAUUGUGCACUAAUAUGAGUAAGUUCUUCGUACGGAACUCGUUUUCAAGUUGAGGGCUGGUGAAUUGUGGGUAAGUUACUUGCUCGUUUACUACGCAUAACAUCUUUUUUCAAUAUUUUGUUUCGAAAAUAGAAAUAAACAAAUGGUCCAGAUUUGAAAAGGUGUUUACCCCUGCCCUCGAAGCGUCCGCUUUACGUUUUAGCGGUUUGAUGACAGAAGAGGUUAGGCCGCGAAAAGAGUUUAUUGCUUGACAACGUCACGUCACAUGGCAAUGAGAGAGACUCUGGACUCUCAAAUGGCGGAAAACUUCCGCAAAUUCCAUUAAACAUCGAUUCAGAGAUAUAUUCUGCCUUUUAAUCAGCAAUUAUCGUGGAGGGAUUAGUGACGGGAAGUCGAAGCGGUAGUUUUUUUCUUUUUUUUUUUUUUUUUCUCGAGAAAGAUCUAUAUAACCGACAUCGUAAGGCUUGCCAGUGUCAGUUUUGAUACCGCCAAGGGUUCAUAUGGAGUAUAUUGUGAAGUUCGGUUUUACUAUAGUCGAUUGUUGGGAUCAGUUGCGAGGUCGUCUUAUCUCACCAGCUAAAGUUAUUAAGGUAAAGUAGCAGUGUCUUUUUGAUCGAUUGUGUGACCUGCGCAAUGGUUAAAUAUUUCUCAUGACAUGACAUGAAAUUUAAAUCAUGUUCUCCUGUACGGAAUGCUGACAUUUUUUUGUACAAAUUUUUAGCAAUUAUUGACGAAAUUUAAAACUUGUGUACGCAGCGUUUCUAAAGUAGUACUACACUUCAUUACUCUGUGUUCUGUUGAAAAGAUUUCGAGUUUCCUUUUGGACCAGCAAAAACCGUUGCAUGUAAAGAAUAAAGGUGGCAAGUUUCUAAAGAAACUGUAGAGCUGCGUCGGUGGGGGAGUAUAGCAGGUAAUUUAGUGUUAACAACUGAGUUGAAAACGUAAAUUGGCCAUCGUAAAGAGUAAAAAAGCUGACGUUUCGAGCGUUAGCCCUUCGUCAGAGCGAUUGGAGGAAUUGUGGGUUGUGUGUGGGUUUAUAUGCAGAAAGUGGAGCUACGCUAUUGGUGGGAGUAUGGUGACGAGAAAACAUGAAUAAAUUAGUGGAAUGAAGAGGGCUCGUUGAUACCGUAGGGAUUAAGAGUGUCAAGUGAUGCCCACAAUAUCAACGAGUGCUUUUCAUACCUCUAAUUUAUUCUUGUUUUCUCGCCGCCAUACUCCCACAAAUAGCGUAGCUCCGCUUUCUGCAUAUAAACCCACACACAACCCAAAAUUCCUCCAAUCGCUAUGAAGAAGGGCCAACGCUCGAAACGUCAGCUUUUUUACUCUUUUCGGUGGCCAAUUUUCGUUUUCAACUCAGUCGUUAACACUAAAUUACCAUAUAAAGAAUAGGUCGACCCCAUUUGUGGCUUGAGAAAUCUUUAUAAAUCUUUUCGUAUUGUUGAUCGCGUCGACAAGUGACUUCUUUCAACGAUUUACCAAUUUUGCGUUACAGCUGUUUGCUGGACGCUUAUUUCCAAGUUACUUUGCGCAUACUGAUGGAAAUUUAACGUGUGUGGGUAACCGCGCCUUAAUAUUUUGCUUGGUGUUGUUUUCCCGCUGAAACUCAAUACACUUUUCCCCGAAUUUUGAAGAACUGAGCUGUGGUGAUUGUUACGUCAUUGAUCAGUCCAGGAGACAGAAAGUGACGUCUUUGUGCUUGUCUGGUUGAAAUUAUGUUCAGCGGCAAGCAAAAAAGGAAAAACGAAAAGCGCAAAAGCGAUGCUUCAUCCAUGAGAAACCUUCGCCUUUGACGCACAAGAAAUCUUGGCCUUUGACGUUAAACCAACUUAAAGCCCAGUAAAACACUUUCCGAUGGGUUUGAAUGCCAACAUCUUCGUUAAUACAAAACCUUUGUUGCUAUGUCUUCCAAAACGUUUCAGUUUUCUUGUGCAGUUAAGUUAAUACUCAAAAUGGCAGAAGAACUUUGAAAAAAAAUAUGUAUCAAUUAUAAAAUGAAAGAUGGCAUGAAAAGGUCCACAUUUAUUCAUACUGUCACAAGAGAGGACGUGGAUUAAGUGCUGACAGUGUUUUUCUUAUUUCGAAUUUAGAUAGUAUUUGUGUAGGUGAUAAAUACACGAAGAAAGAAGAUAUUAAUCUAAACUUAUUGCAAAAACAUUGGAUUACCGAUACGUCUUUAAUUUCGUCUAGCUUUGAAGGCAUUGAACAUGCGGCUACAGCUUGCUUUAUUUUUCAUCUCCAAAAUGCAUGUAAUAGCCACCCCUAGUUUUUCUGGCUUUAUUAAAAUUACUCGACCACGAAAAGCCGACAAGAAAUAAUUCCAGUCUAUAUCUCCUCCAAGCAAGUGAAGAUUUAAGACUCUAGACUCGGCAAGAUUUGUGAUGUGGCGACCUUACUGCCAAGGGAACAAGGCAGGUAUUUGUAUCUGUAGAACUUAACAAAAUGAAAAUGAAAAUUUCAAAGUCAACGUGGAGGUCGUUUUCAGCUAACGAUUUUGCUUAACACUGCCCUUUGCAAGCCAAACAAAGAAAUUCGCGUUUGUACCAUGAUGUCGUGUUUAUCGUUGUUUAUUGAGAUGUCUCAUGUCUGUAUAGCAAAUUGUCAUUCGUACGGUUGACUUCCCAGGUGAAGCAAAUUACCGGACUCAAUUAAUGUGGAGAAUUGCGGGCAAUGUUGUUGCUUUUGCAGUCAUUACCUUACAGGUGCAUUUUAACCGAGAUGUCCUCGCAAAACCAGGAUAAUUGUAAUUUUCCAUGGAAAAAGUAUAGGCGGUAUUGUUAGAUCUAAACGUGCGGUUUAGUUGCAAAUCAUGGUCUUUAGCUCGUAUUUGAUACCAGUUUAUAAUUGCAUUAUGAAACUCAAGGGAUUGAUCUGUAGGAAUUUCGCAGCUUCUGUUUAUCUUCAGCUGAUAAUCAUAAGGGAUCCUUGCAGAAAGAUCCUCUAUUGAUAAUUAAAUUCCAUAUUGAACAUCAUAUGAAUGAAGCCAUCGUAGCUAUGUAUCGUCAAGGACUGAAGUGAGGGUGGCAGGUGCUCUCUAAAAAACCGACGUUCCUCAUACACAAAACCCUUGAUAUACUGUGCACUGAAUGGUGACUUUUGAAUUUUUUAGGCGUUGUGUGAUUGUGUAUUUAGUCGUUUCGGUCUCCAGGAGUUCUGUAUUCCUGACAAGUCGUUACCCUAAAUUAAUUCAAGCGCCAACCGUUUAUGGUUUGAAACUGUCUUUCACUCAUGUCUCUGUGAUAAACCUAUGAUUAGGCAAGAUUGCAUGACGCGAAAUAAUUUCUUGCGUGACUAUGUGCGGCUUUUUUCCUUGUAGGCACGUUAGAAGACACUGACAGACAAUUCGGGCAAACCGUAACCUUAAAAUUUAUUUCAAUCGAAAUAAUUAGAUUUUACGGAGGUGUUGAUUAAUGUAAUUAACUUUAUGAAUUGAACCUUUCCGAACUUAUGAAAAUUUGUCAACUCUGUGAAGCAUUAUCGCGUUUUCUCGUUGCUAAAUAAUUUCGAAAACCGCAAGUCACAAUUAACAUCAGUUUCAAAUUUGCCGCAAAGCCACAAAGCCGCAAAGCCGCAAAGCCACAAAGCUUUUAUUCUGAAAUCUGUGGGAAACAAUAAAGCCAAAAAAUUGGAUUUCUAAAUUUACCAUAGUAUUGUGUUAAGGUCUUGGUUUGUAAUAAAUCAGUUUUUGAACGUUCUAAAGCAGUUUCAAUGCUGAUAUGCACAGUACGAUUUAAACUUCGGAUCUUGACGAAAGAAAAAUGCGAAUAUAACCGACAAUUCUUUCGUGAACCGGGAAAAUGCUCAGCUACCUAAGUAUUCACUUUUAUGACCUAAUCAGUAACAUUACGAUCACAAGAAGUGCUGUUUGUGUGUUAUGUCUGACCCUCGGUCAAGACCCGCCACUCCUAUAGACACAAAUUCUAGUGAAACUUACUUUUACAGUCAUUAUUUAUGUUGGCAAAGUCUUCCUUGUGCUUUUUUUUUCGGAAAUCGCGGCAAAUAUGUGAAGUACAUUCAUCUCUGUUGUAUGAAUUUCAUACAACAAUCCGUUUUGAUUUAUGAGUUACCUUAUCAUCAUCAUUACUGUUAUUUCAGUGCACUCUGUGCUUGUUUGGAUUUGCAGCAAAUGUGUCAUCUAGCUUAAUCUCGCCCUGAUGUUAAACCAACCUGUAUCAAUAAGUUGUGGUGUAUGUUUUUCCUUGAAGGAUUUAAGCUUAGAAUGAAGAACUCGCGGUUGAUAUUUGCAGUCCGACUACUUGACGCUCAAUAGUUGUAUUAGGCCGGCGGGUCUGUCACUACAAUAUAUCAAGCCUUUCCGCCUGUCCGCCUUUCCGCAUCUCUAAGAUGUUUAACGUAUUGCUGUAUUGAACGAAAUGAAAUCGAAGCUCAAUUGAUGCGUUCUAAAUCAGCUAAUCGUUAUCAUGAACUUAUUAUCACACUUGAAGAAGGCCAUUUGAUGUUAUUCGCUUGCAAUGAAUAGGGAUCGUGUUUAAAAUUUUUUUUUUGAGAUAUCGUGAUUUCGGCGUAGAUCUCUUUUAUCAUGUAUUUAUUCGCUUAGCUAAUUAUUUUGCACCGCAAUAUAGCAGUAGUGUUUACAUUACUGCCAAGACGUUUUUCCGUCUAGCACCUUUUCGGGGGGGGGGUUGGGGGGGGUUGGUGGUGGUGGUGGUGAAGGGUAGGGAUAAAAUUCACAGAAUUUUGGCCUUCAUUUGGAAUAGUAAUCAUGGAAACAGAUCAAAUGUAACAAUACUUUUUACAAACUAGUAAUUUUUGUAUUCAAAGCUUUGAUUUCCUUUCAAAGUAGAACCCUCUUCUGGCCUGAGUACAACUUGAUCUUGCCGUUUUCUAGAAGGCAAAUACGAUUUAGUAUAACCUACGAGUUUAGCUUCUUUAAGUCACAUGUCCACCCAGAAGUUCUAAGAGUAAACCCUCCGGACACAUAUGUAAACUUCUUUCAGUGGAAUGCGGUAUUCUUAGUGAUCAAAAAGAGCAAUGUCAUGUUUUGUUAAUUCACGGAUUUCAGUCGUUGAUGAAUCAACUUACUGACUUGUAUCUCCUUCCGAUGUAUUGUGAAGUUAUGUUCAUUAUUUUUUGCGUGAUACAUAUGAUCGCCAGUUUCGUCCUUUGACCUUUCGAAGGCAGGUUCACAUUGUUUUUCUUUUCUUUUCUUUUUCUUUUUUUUUUCGAGAUUCCCUGGGUCCAUCAAACAUUCCAAAUCCUCAAGUAUUUAUAAGCCGGGAUAUUAUUUGUGUGUUUAUUUGGGUUAGUGACAAGCGCAAUUUUGGAAUUGGUUGACGUUAUUUGUUUUUAUCGAGGUCAGUUUGAUUUUAGUCUUAUGUGAAAGCAAUACAAUCUAACAAUUUGAGAAAUGCAAUCACUUUGUAUCAGUUGCUUAGAUAGUCUUGAAACUUGACCUCUGUUUUCUGUGUUCACUUUAAAGUCGGGCGUCUGGCUUGAGUGAAAUAGUAUUGCUUGGAUUAACGGGACUUUAACGCGAUUAUCAACCGGUAAUAACCUCGCUUCAUUCCUCAUGGAGAGAGGAGCAACGCUGUGACACUGUUCUCACACCAGUCACGAUCUUGUGGUCGGUUGAAUCUAAUUCGUCAAAGGUCGGUCAUCGGUUUGCGAGCCAAGACAAAACUGGGUCGGUGUUGAGCUGAAAAGUGCUAAAUUAUGUUCUCUACUCGCCGUAUGAUCCGUGGCCUUUGAAUUAGCGGGCGAUUCAUUUGGGGUCGCCGGAACUUCUGCCAACACAAUGUUAGUUUGCUGCUGACUGUUGUGGAACUAAAGAUCGCUAUUCAUGGUUUUACAUCCGUCGAGUGAAGUUUGUGCUAUGGCGACCAAAACUCCGGUCCGUACAGCACAGCCGCCAAGUUACGCCUUAUCCAUGCGAAUCGUAUCGUCUCACAGUCCUGUGGUGGUUCGCCGAGCUCUUAAAACGCGAACAGACGAAGCUCAGGUAAUGUUCCCUGCAGUGAAAAAAAUUUGGCAUUUUUAACGUGUUUGCUGCCGAAGUGGCACGCAGUUGUUGAAAUGUUGUGUAACAAACAUCCGCUUGCAAUCUGUUUUGUUUCUACUUUCGAUAGAUUUGACAACUGCUGAAAUGGAAAAACAUGAAAAAACAGUGUUCUCACGGAUUUGAAUUAUUAAAUGUUCGUAGUUUUUGUGGCUAGCUUGAAGGGUUUUGUAUAUCUUCACCCUGAUGAAAGAAACAUUCUAGUUUUGUUGGUGAGUGGAAGGUCAGUAUCACUUUCAAGAGCAGCUAUUGUGUUCAGCAUUCCAGUAGAAGAAUGACAACUUACUUCGAUAACUCUUGCCCAGAUGAUCAACUACAUUACUUCAAUGGUUCUUUUGCCUGGGGCAUUUCUGUGAAUCUUUCGUGCGCUUUAUUACAGCAAUUUGUCUUUUUUUUCAUCGAGAAAUUUGUCGCAACAUUAUUUCAUUUCCUGUGUUUUAAAAAUAAUUUUAUUUGUCGGAGCAUGUGGUAUCAUAUCACCUUAGUGGAAUUUGGAAAUCUUUCAUUUCCUUGAUUUGGCCAUUGUUUUGUUACGUCUGCCUUGAAAUGACUUUAUUUUCGAUCGAUUUGUCCCAUAUACUGAAGGGUGUUAAUGCCGUGACAUAUCUACCUUAAAUAUUUCACGAGUUGUUCAUUACAUCGUUAUCAAUCGGUUAUCUUUUAAAUUCGUUAGUGCGAUCUUUCAUGAUAUCAGUUUUACAGGAAAUAAGCUCAAUUCUAAGCCCUUACUUGCAUCAACUGUGAACCUGUAAAGACAACAAGCCGAUUACGACGAUUUUCCGUGUUUGUUCUCACUCAAAACGAUCCAUAGCGUACAUAUUCCGUAUUAUUUUUCUCAGAAUGAUCACGUCGGAGUAAGAUCAGGUUUUCCCCGUCUUAAUAUAGUUGGAUGAUUCAAGUUUUGUUCUCACAUUUAUUACACAAUCAGUGGUUCGUUUUUCAGUCCAGCCACCCCACUUAUCUCUUUCGUGCUGUUUUUUUUCUGUUUUCAUUUUUACUUAAUAAUCCUAAGCCGAAUCAGAAUUCGAGUUUUCCUUACACUGUCUGAAAAUCAUAACUUUGCGUUGGCAAAAUAAUUACGAGUGUUGCAUAUGUUUGUUAUGCAUAUCUGUUCUCUUGUUUGUCUUUGUGGCCGACCAUAAUCCAGCGUCGAAUUAAUGUCACGCUUGCAGUUGUUAAUUUUGUGUUCACGAUUUGUAGACAUGUUGUGUGUUUUCAGUCAUGCAAGCUUGCAUACUUGUUUUUCCCUUUUUCACCCUUAUGGUCUUAAGCUGGAUUAGAGUUCAAGUUGUUUUAAGUGUUCUUGGUAAUUCUAUUUUCAAGCACGUUAUGUGCGCUUUUCCGCCGUUCUACGUCCGAGCUUUAAAGACAGCUUAUUGUUGUUUGAGUUUCGUCACUUUUGGGGCAGUCGGAAAAAAUUAUUGCACUGUUGGUGGUAUUUGACAAGUAACAUUAUUUAGUCAUACAUUUUAACUAUCUUUUAAUUUUUUUUCAGUGGUUUGGCACACUUUAAUAUUUCAGGGAAAAUGUUUCAGGUAGUUGUGGGUUCGGAAAUGGUUUUAUGGGUUAGGGCUUCGGGCCAAAACCUGAAAAAGCGGAAAGAUUUCAUUAUAUUUUUGAAUUCCGCACAAAAUCCUUCGCUCAUAUUUAAAGGAUAAAAUUUUUUAAGUCAGAGUGGAUUUAAUUCCCGUCGUGGUGGCUUUUCUGCCACAGAAAGUUUCACACAAUCUUGCAAUUUCAAAGGAGUAAACUUUCUUUUGUUGUUCCUGUUCCUCAUCACCAGUAGAACACGAAGUGUACCCUUGUCAUUUUUCGAGUUUUUAUCUCAAUCUUUUGAGGCUUGCUAAACACUGAUAAUGACAUUUUGCAGUAAACAAGCAACAUAUUUGCCCUAGAAUAUCAGGGUUACCUGGCGGUUAAGUAUCGCAAGUGCAUCUCGUCAUUCAAGACCCACUUGUUCCGUUAUCAGCCAAACUGCAGACAGUUCAGAUCAUUUUAAAUAAGUAGAAUGCUUCGCCUUCUGUAAUAAUAACACUCGGUUUAUAACACAGCGUCAUCAAGGGAUUUUUGUCUUUGUUCUCUUUAUUUUGUAAGGUUUGUCGUUGUUGAACACGAUGCAACACUCAGUGGGAUUCUUUUUUCACUUACACUAAAGUUCUCUUCGAUGUGUGGGUUUAUCUUUGUCACGCCUACGUUGGACAUCAGAUACCAGUUUUUUCAACAGAAGUACUGACAAAUCUUUGAAAAAUGCGAUCUGGAUUUUUCUCAAAUCUUAAAAGCAGAUGUAGUGAAAGUAGUUCAACUAUAGCUUAACCUUUUAACUCAGUUGAAUUUAUUGACCUCACAUAUAACUCGUGUAGCUGUGUGUGACUUGACAUAACUUGUCCACGUUACGUCUCACGUCACGCCACAAUGGCUAUAAAGUUGUCAAGAGAGAGUUGAGGUGAAGGUCGUGUUCAAAACAACUUUUCCUGUCACAGGAGGAAUUAGUCUUCUUUUUGCGAAGUUGUUCUUAAUAUUUUCACUAAUGUCAGUCUGUUCCUUUUCACAGUGCAAAAUCUAUGACAUCCAAGACAGGUUUCCCAGUGAUAACUUAUGCCUUCAAGAAAAACAAAAUUCUCACGUAAGUUUAUAGUGUGCUAGUAACAACAAAAUUAUUAGCGCUGCUGGUUGUUGGCGUGUAGAACAACACCAGUUACAGUCAGUGAAGAGAAUUAUGAGUAGGUGAUAGAGCAGUGUUUAUAGUCACCAUAAUAACAGCAACCGAUGAGAACUUAACCCUUAAGAGUGACUAGCAUCUAUUUCUCCUCACAAUAACACGUCUGAAUCAAACAUUGAGGUCAUGAGAAUAAAGGAAAUGAUCAGCAAGUAAAGCAGCUCUCGACUGCUAAGCAAGUGCUCGCCGUCAGCGCCUUAGGAAAUGGAUAGAGAACAGUAUGGAGAAUAUGCAUACUGAUGAUAGAUUGUAAAGGGUUGAGUAAGAAAUCCUUUUCGGUGAUGAAGUUCAAGUCUAAACAUCCUCUCGCGGCGUACCAGUUUGGAGUUGCUGAUCGGCCGAUUAAUUAAAUAGUUAAAGGUGGUUCAUUAAUGCUCAAGUGUUUCCACUUGAGUGUAACCUACUUGUCUCAAUUAAUCAGUACAUUAGUGAUGUAAUCUGUGUUGUACGAGCCGAUGUGUAAACGAAACAAUUUACUACUCGUAUUAUAGUUGCUGCCUUAGUGUAGCAACCAUCAAACUGUGAUGUAAUGUUUCUCGUCCAAAGGAAUAUACUUUCCUUCAAAUUUGGUUUACAUUUCAACCGCUCGAGUGAAUUCCAUCGACAGAAUGAAGUGAAAUGGUGUAUGAUUCGUCAUUCAGUGUCAAUAGCAACAGUGCUUUUGAAGAAUAAACUUUCACCCGCUCGAUUUUUCUAAAUGUUACCUCAGGGCUCAGAUUAUUCUUCGCGAUUUUACGGACGUAUCAUUCCAUAACACGUCAGUAAAAUCUUAAAUAAAUGACUCGACAAAAACGAUGUGAAUAUAGACAUUGUCUUUUUUCCUAAACAGAGACUUAAACAAGGCAGUUCUCGGAGACGAUCUGCCCCGACAACUGUAAUAAAAGCCGCAUUGGGAGGAAAAACGCAUUCUUCAAAAAGGUAAAAACAUUGGUGAGAGAUAAUUGAAGACCUUUUUAAAAGUGACAUAGUCAGGAGCGGAUUCAAAGUCCAAGCAUAUGACAAUGAUUUCCAACAAGAAAACUUCUAUGACAGAUGUUGGCAUUUGAUAACCUUUGAAAGCAAGAAGGGAAGUUGUUGAAAAGGGAAGUGUAGCUGUACUCAUCUCAUCUUGAAAUCUCAAUUAAUUGCAUAAUUCUUUAGUAUUGAAAUCAGUGAAAUCGAUAUUGAGAGUUCUUAGAUUUUCGUCGAUGUUAUAGGUUCUCGUCAGUUUGUUUUAUUUCCUAAAAGUAAACAUUAGUGCUCUCUACGUAGUAUUUUUUUCUUCAUUAACAACAAGUGUUAAAUCUUUUUAGUGUUUAUACAUGCAUUCGUCAGUAAACAGCCGGCUUCUUUUAUUUUCCCCGAUUAUCACUAAUUGCUUUCCGCUUGACUGCCAGACAGUGAUUUUUCAGGGCGUUUAACACUUUGAUGUUGUCGAUAAUUACUGAAUAACAUGUAAAGUAUGUUUAGUCACGUAAACAUGAAAGAUAAUUUGGUUGAAGUACAAUCAAUGUACCUCGCGUUCACCUUGUUAAACUCUAUCUGUGCGUCAAAGUGAUUGAGGUGUUGCUUGUCUCAACAAACCGACUUUCAUUGAGGUAAAUUUUAACCACCUUAAACCAGGAUACCGUAGAUCACGCGAAGUUGGUUAUUUUCGUGCUUAUCGUCUGGGAAAUUUGUGUUUCUAGUUCGACGAUAGACGGAAGCAUGCGAAUGAAGAAUUCAUCCGAACCCAGCUCUCCUCUGUCUCCCGAAGUUUUCCCAGCGAGGGCUUUCAUCAAGGAAGGUCCAGUGCAAUUAUCCUCGGUAAGUGUUUCUGAUUUGUGGCUUUCUUCUCCAAAUAAUUGCUCUGUCGGUCGUCGACUCUUCACCUUAAAAUGAAAGUGUAAAUGAAUCCUUGGAAAAGCACGAAGCAACUUAAAGAAAACUGUGAAAGAAUAUAAAUAUACGGAUCAAUUUACGAUAUAUCGAAACGUAAGGUAAGUCCGAAGCUAAGCGCCAAAUUACAACUUAUUUCCGAAGUUGACUUGAAAGAAGGCAUCCGUGACUCGGGAAGGGAUUGGGGGGGUGGGGAGAGAAUGAAAUGCACAAAAUCUCUUCAGAGACUUCGACAUUUGUUGUUUAUGAGUAAGCUUUAAUCCAUGAUGCUUGGAUGCUUUUUCACUAGUUAUAUUUCAAUUUGUUGUCAUUUCAAGGGUAUGUCCUCUCAAGACAGACAUCUGUUCUUGUUCGAUGACCUUCUUUUAAUAGCAAAACCAAGGUAAGUCUUACUGUCGUUUCGUGUAUAGUCAAUUGGGUUAUUAUUCGUAAUUCUCAUUUAUCCUUUUUUUUCUUUUUUUUUUUUUUUACUCUUCUGGGGUAAGCAAAAGCAACCAUUUUACACUUGCUUAUUGUGGGAAAAAAAGGGUUUGUAAAAACAAUAGGUAGUCUUGCAGCCAUGUUUACAGUUAUGAUUUCGUUAUUAACAUUCUAGGUCUGCGACGUUCAAGCUUAAGCAUCGAGUUCGGGUUAGCGAGAUCUGGUUGGCUAAUUGUCUUGAUGACGUGUGUGAAUCGACGAAAUCCGCUGACAGGUCGUUUGUGAUUGGCUGGCCCACUACAAACUUUGUAGCUGCCUUCAAGUAAGAAUGAUUCCCGUCUAAGUGUGACGCUUUCUCAAUUGCACGUAUGUAAAGAGCUUUUUUUCCACGUCGAGGCAAAACUGUCCUCAAAGGGCAGGAAAUAUUUAGGUAACAGUCCAAGGUCUUUGAGAAAUGUUUAUGGAAUAAAAAAGUGGCGGCAAGGAUAAAUAAGGUCCACCAAAAUUGUGGUGAAUCACAAAGAGCGAGAAACUUAAUACCUUGAUAACAUCUCGCGAUGAGUUUUGAUUGUUAUGGUUUGUUAUGACUCUGUUUUCGGUAUUGUGAGUGUUCAUAAAUCUAUUAUCGACUAAAAUUGUUGAUUGGAAUGUUUUGUGAUUUGCAGUACACCGGAGGACAAGGAAGCCUGGCACAGUGUUCUGACAAAGUAAGUUUGAGUAUCGCUACCUUUUCUUUAAUCUUUUUUAUGAUAUUUGCAGUCUUUUUUAGCCUCCUAGAGACGGAGGAAGAAUGGCAAAUAGUAACUCAGAUUAAAGACAAAGAUGUCGAAAUAUUAAGAGUGAACCAUUGGACCUUGUAACUGCCAGGAUUUCGAUAUUAAUUCUCCUUACUGUCCACAUACAUUUCAUUUAAUUUUAGCUUCAGGAAUUUGGCUGUAAAUUAGACAAUAUCCUCCACUCAAUAUUUUUCUUUGUGCUUUACAAUAUAUUGAUAUUGUUAGAAGAAAUUACGUAGUGGUCACUCGUGAGAGAAGAACGCUGAGGUAGAUAAACCAGGACCCAGCUGCUUUCCUCACACACUGUUUCCUUUAUCUCAUUUAGGUAUCUACGUCUCACCAAUCCUCAUUUAAAAUUUAUUUUUUUAUUUCAUGUUUUAUUUUUUCAAGGAGUGUUGUCAUGCUUAGUUUGUUUUUCAUUCGCAGGCACGUGAAAGAACAGAAGGACAGUGAAGAUCCAAAAUGUGUCAGCCUUAAAGUGUAUAACAGGGACAUGGAGUCACCGGACUCCUCAGGAUAUGUGAGUUUCGCUUUAGAGAGUAACUAUUAUCUUUUGAAAUAUAACAGCUCCUCCUUUUCUAGAAAAAUCAGUCGCACGAUUCAAUAGAAAUCGACAAAAAAAUUCACAGCAUUUUAUCCUUGCCCCGCGUGAACGCCGGGAAGCUUUCAGCAGUUCAGGUGGCGCCAGGAUAUUUUUCUGUCAAAUUUAUGAUAACAUAGCUAGUAAAUUUGUCUUAUCAAAUUCAAUUGCCGAAGCGUGCUUCAUAUUCCUAUUGUGCACGCUCAUGACGUCAGCAAACAAAUCCCUCGAGGAAAAAAUUUUCCAUCGGGUUGAAAAUGUUAUUAAACAAUUGGUUCAUACGUCAGCUGUGCGUUCAUCGAGAUAUGAAGCACUUGGGAAGUUUGGAGAGCACUCGAGAAGCUAGAGUUGCUCGAGGCGUAGAACCAAUUGUUAUUUGACUUGCACGAGGGAUUUCGCGCGGAACGAGGGACUACUGGUAUUCUGGUGAUGCAGCAACUUAACCAAGUGGUGUUGUUACAUUUUAAUGGGAGAUUUUCUCUAAAGUUUUUCUCGUGGCGGCCUUUGUAAUAAUGUCACUGCCUUCAGGUUAUCACGUUAUUUACUUCAAAUAUGUUCUUCUCUCAGUCCAAGUCGUUCACUGUCACCAACAUGGACGAUGCAGCUACAGUCGUUAAAAUGUCAUUGGCGCAGUUUCAAUUUCAGGUAAGUUUAAUUACACUUUCAUGAAGUAGGUUUUACUUAAGACCCAUCCUCGAGUCUCAGCUGCAGGGAGAGGCUUCAAUUUGAGAAGAACUAGAUAUAGCGUAAAAACAAGAACGACGUUCCAAAAUAAUCUAAACGCUUUUAAUUGCCGAGGCUAGAUUUUUCAAAAGUUUAACAAUGUUUUAACAUAAUGCUGUGUAUAAAAAAUGAAUCCGUUUGUUUCUGUUAGACUGAAGAUCUGUCCGAGUUUCAGCUGUGGGUUCUCUCUGGCAAAGAGGACGGCGCGUACCCAUUAAUAGGUAAAACAUUUCUAGUAUCUUACGAUGUCUACACAAUGUAUAGAAGUGAACUGACAAGAACGAAAAAAUUGUCAACUGAGGGACUGAGAAGUAAACGACGAUCAGUGAAAAAAAAAAAACAACAACAUUUAUCAUGACUUAAGUUGCUUGAGAGAGUUCUUUACUAGAAGCGACUUUUGACUCAGUCGUAUUUUCUGCUCUUCAUUUUCUAUUAUGAAGAAAUUUUCUUGUUCUUUGUCAAGGCUUUCGUGCAACGGUCCCACAAUAGAAAAUGUUCAUUUUUUUUCCUUAUUGAUAGUUGGUGCUGCUUAUCAAAUAACAGGUUUUAAACCUCUCACUCCACUUCUCUCUUUUCGUGAUCGUUGUGUAGGUCAUGAGUUUCCAUUCGCGAUCAAAAUGAACCACAUGCGUGAGGCGGCGCUAACGGAUGAAGAUGGAUUUCCCUUUGACUUUGACCAGCAACUGCCGUCAAUGGAUCCGUUGUCUCCUGAAACGCAAUGUCAGUUUAUUCUUAAAAGGAACAAGAAAAUACCCAACAGAAUAGCUAUAGGUGAGGUUUUAAGCUUCAGCUGGCAGGAAUAAAGUUUGUAGCUACCCAAACGGUAAAAUCUGGUCAGCGGUUUUAGCGACGUGACAUGUGCAGAGGGGUAAUUUAAGCGAUAAUAAAAGCUUGUAAACCGUUUUUGUAUCGUGGCAGGCGAAGUGAAGUGCCUGGGAGACGCAGUGGUCUUAUGGGUAGCACGAGCGUUUCUGAGCCCGCAGGAAAGUAUGACGCCUUGAGCAACGCGAGCCUGCGACAGGUCUCAGUACCAGACCCCUGGUUAGCGUUCUCCUAGACUCGUCUCAAGUCUCCCUGUGGGUGGACAAACGCGCGUCCUUUAACGCUAACAAUGAGGUCUGCUCUCAGGCAAAGUGGGUGGGGGGUGAAAAUCAAUGCACCGCGUCGGAAUCAAAAGUGUCCUAAAUAUAAACUAACUACUAUGGCAAGUGUUUUUUAAUUUAAAAUUUUCCUCUUGAAUUUUAUCAUGUUUUGUCGAUAGAUGUACAUAAUGCUCCUAGCAAGCAACGAUGGAAAAAUCCGAUAAAGAAAUCGCCGAUAAUCAAUUGGGCCAUGCACAAGAAAACUACGGGAUCAACUAAAGGAAACUCCUUGGAUGGAAAUUCUUCGUCAGCUGGAAAGUAAGUGGAGUCAUGACUUUAUAAAGAAUGCGUCGGUUAACUUUCUUGCGUAACAUGUUAACACAAGAAGGAUUGAAUUUGAGUAGUGUAGAUUUUUCAAUUUGGUCAUUUCCAAUCUGUGAAAAACUGAAAGUUUGCGAUUUCCAAUCCGUUGAAAGACGAAGAGGCCCCUUCAAGAUGUAAAGGUCGAGGAGGUAAACUACUUCUUUGGAGGGAGGGGACAUGUUUGAAAAGAACCAUGUUGGGGUCCAGGCAUAGGAGAUGUUAUAUGCUACGAAACAACUUUAAUCACUUGAAGUGCAAGACGUUACGAGGAAGUAGGUGGCAAACUACACAAAAACGCCGCUUACUUCUUUUUUUUUCCCGUCGUGUUUCGCAAAACUUCGCACGGGGCAGGUUAGGAAACGGCUUAGCAUUUUGUUUUAUUUCACGGCGAUUUUGAUUCAGUUCUCACGGUAAUGGAGAUUCACUCGUUGCAGUGAAUUGUAUUUGCGAUCAUAUCAAUUUGUGUUUGAUUUUCCAGGCUUUUCGGAGUACCUCUGACUCAGCUGUGUACCGAGGAAGAGCCUGUACCCAAAGCAGUACAGGAUUUGUUGUUACAUUUGUUUCGAUAUGGUCCAAGUACCACAGGAAUCUUCAGAAAAUCGGCGAAUGCUAGGAUUGCUAGAGAAAUCAAACUCGAACUGGAUGAAGGUGAAAAGUGGUCCUUAUCGAUUAAUGAAUUAAUUAAUUAAUUUUAACUUGUGAGCUAUAUUAUCAUACGCAAAUUUCUCAUUGAAAUAUUUCCUGUAUCCCUUGGAACAAAUUGAAAAGGUUUUCUUUUAACUUGCACCCACGAGUCGACGACGGGCUUAUAACGUAAAGUGGUUGAGAAUGUAUCUCUUUAAAUGUUAUGACAUACAGCCGUUGGGGUUUGUACUCCGAAAUGGGGCCAUAAAAAGUGCGCAAACUGGGGUCUAAUGAAAUCGACUCCUCCCAAAAGAGCCCCAAUGAGGAGUUACAGAUUUCUGUAGAGCGGUGUUACUUUGGAAGAUAACCAAUAAUUAUUUGAGCCUGUUGUAAAUGUGCUCUUUUGUCUCCUUUAGGUAAAUUGGUAGAUUUUGAAGACGUAUCAGAAGUCGUGACCGCCUCUGUCAUGAAGGUACAAGAUAAUUGCUUUAUUGCUCGGACCAAAAGGUUGUCAUCGUUUUUUUUAAACUCGAUUUAAUCCGAUCGAUAACCAAAUGUGCUUUCCCUUGAGAAGCUAGUGUAUUCCUACCAUUCUAAAGGCGAUGGAAACUACAUGGUAAAAUGAUACUUGUACACAAGUUCGGCCGCUAUAUUGCAUGGAAGUUAGUUUGAAGACUUUUCUUAUUUUUAGGAAUUCCUUCGCCGUUUGCCAGACUGUAUUUUUGAAAGUGAAAACUACGAAGAUUUAGUCGCCACAAACAACAUCGAAGAUCAGGACGAAAGAGUGAAACAAAUAAAGGGGUGAGACAAUUCUUCUCUGAUAUCACGUUCUUGCGAAUACAAUUUAUGUUUCAUGCGAAAGUAAACGUGGUGUAUCGCCGUAAAAUUGUGUUAUACCUGAUCAUGAAAAUACCUUUUUCGUGUUUUUUGGACGCUAGGAAUAACUUUUGCCCGAUAGAAUUGCAGUCUACUUACCCUGAUGUUGCGAUUUACUUCGAGUAAUUACAGUUUCGUCACCGAGUGUAGAAGCUCGGUAAUAAUUGUCAUUUUCAGUUGAAUUUAUAAAGCCAUCCGGGAUCGUAUUGGCUUGGAUUUGCCAUGUUCUGUGAUUGGUGCAGGACUGACUGCUCUGGGCCAUUAUUGGCUCUCUUUAGUAUUUUUUUUCCUUCUUAUGGGCUGUUUUGGUGUCUCCGGGUUUGCCUUUUCGACACUCAAAUCAUGAUGCGCACUCUAAGUUUGUAUUUACUUCGAUGCGGCUAAAUUUUUUUUCUCAACAUUUUUGUUUUUUAGGAUUUUGGACGGGAUCAACCGUUUCAAUUAUGAACUACUGAAGUCAUUUUUGUGCGUGUUAUUUCACAUUGCCGACAAUGCGGAGACCAAUAACAUGAACGCUUAUAACCUGGCCGUGUGUGUGGCUCCCAGCAUGCUUUGGGCGCCAAAAGGUUCCAGCAUUCCCGCCACCGAGCAAUCAAACUCAGUGCCGCCAGUGAUUCAGUUUAUUAUUGAACACAGUGUGGCUAUCAUGGGAGAUAAAGUAAGGACGAUUCUUGGCGAUCGUAGCGAGAUCGUCACCACUAAUCAUGUGACCAGCGAUUCGGAGGGUAGUACCCAGGACUCGCGGACUGCUUUGAGUCAGUCCUCUACGGAUGACGGGAUAGAAUCACCGGAACCUCUAAGUCCCAAAGGAGAAAGGAACUCUAUUCACUUAAGUGAUUCGAACUUGUAUGUUACAAGCACGCUCGCAGUUCACCCAACGAACAAGAGUGUUAGUACUCCAAGCUCUCCUUGUGAUUCCGGAAUUCCUUCCCCGAGUUCAUCGCCCACUCUCAAGAGGCACGACGUUGAGUUUUCUAAUAAACUCAGCGCCGCUUUUUAUGAACCCAAUAAAACGAAAGGACAUGCAGCGAUCAGUCGUAGAAGUUCGGAGCCGCUCGGGUUACCUCCGGAUUCGAUGAAAUUACGACUGAAAAGCAGUCGGAAAUACCCGAGCUCUAAAAGACAACUGAGUAGUACAACGACAAGCGCUGAACUUAUCGAACAUAAACAAACUCAAAAGACUACGGCUAGUGGCCGGAAAUUAGAGACUGCUGUUCUUCGCCGGGCACACUCGCCUCAAACUGUGCGACUGUUUCCUGUCACGCAAAAUGUAACGCAAUACCAGCGUCUUCAUCCUGUAUCAAGUUACCCAUUGUCUUUGUCACGGGCUAUGGAAGCUAAACAUUCCGUACAAACGCAAGGUCUUAUUUCGGACAGUCUUGAUAGCAACUCGACAUCUCCUGUGCCACCUAGUUCUCCCGUAUCCAAACAAUCGCCUGGAGGACCUCGCUCUCCGUCUCCAAACCCCGAUCAAGUUUUCCAAGCUGUCGAUCGUCGGAGACAACCUGCAGCGCCAUCGUAUCAGGAACAUAUGCAGCGGAGGAGGGAAUUGAAUUCAAAACCUGCGUUUUUUCAGGGUGCAGAAGGAAAGGAGACCAAAGAAGUGGAUUCUAGCAAGGACCAUAUUUCUCCAAGGGAAGCAAAGGCAUUUUUCGAAGCUAGAGAGCAACAACCCCGCUUCCCUGGGAGAUUAGGCGUCUUCGGUAACGAUAGAUUGGAUUCGGAAAGGAGCGAAACUUCCUCGACACCUAAAACGCCAAUGUCGCCAACGAGCCAGAAUGAUAAUAUAUGGGAGCAAGUGGAGGAGGUGAACGCCAGCACAGUUGCAAGUGCCGGAAUCCGCAAACUGGAACAUUCACCAUUUGGACUUAACCUUCAUCAGAAACGAAACGUAAGUGAAGGGUCGUAUAAAAAACCGCCGCCUGAAAAUGUUCGAAAAACUGUCGGGCUAUCGUCAAGUCAUGGCUCUGGCCAAUUAAGAUCAGCGCUUGGUUCUGUUUCAUCCGCUGGUACAGCUUCCAUGCCCCAUAGUUCUUCUCUUACUCACUUCCCACACUCCGACUUCUUUCCUCACGAAGCUCAAUCAAAAACGCAUUGGGCAUCUUCAGUUGAUGCUCGGGGGACCUCGGCAAUGCCCAAUUCGCCAGGAUCUUUUCGAAUUCGGAGAGGAAGCGCAACCUCGUCUUCGUCGUCGGUGUCUAGCCUGGACGAACGAUCUAGCAUCGGUGCUGAUUCAACGUUUUCCGAAGGCAGAACUGAUGUGACGCAGAUUCGGGAUAUCAGGGAACUUCUUAGCGAGAAUGCGCAAGCUAACGGGCUCAAAAUCAGCCCACAGACAGCGCAAGUGAUCGCUAAAGUGCGCACGCCGCGCGCGCAGAGUGGAGCCUAUCCUGCUCCUUCUCAUGACGAUAUCGAAAACAUUCUGUUCACAGAAGAAUCUUACGUCUAGCGUUAGGCUUUACGUACUGUAUAAAGGAAACUCUGCAAAGUAAUUAGCUGUAAUUAAUAAUGAUUUAAUUGGGUAUUUCCCUUCCCGGUUCAAGGCAGCAUUUUAUUUUUAUAAGCCGUAC